GAUGAAGACAGCAACUGAUUUGUACUUAGGAUGGUCUCCUCCAAGGAUUAGGGAUAAUGAACAAAGGUUAGGUAAAGUCAAGCACUGGAUUAGGAUUAGGAUAAAAGCCAUGAUGGAGCCACUUUUCAAAUGGCAAAGGAAUGUCAAAGAUAUGCAUUACUUUGGAGGAAGCACAGUAUCCACUGGCUGGAGAAUGGUUGAAGUGGUUGGCUUGGUCAAUAGUGGAGGUGGAUUUGAAACUUGUCUGAAAGGAAUGGUGAGCACUGUUGCACAACUACCUUGA